ACGCGAUCACACGCACACCAAAGAAAAAAAACAAAACAAAAAAUUUCCGUUGAUAGUAUACUUUCACGGCGACGAAUUAUGUUGAUGCACCUGUGCUGGCGGCUCGCAUUUGAUUAUAUAUGCGAGACGAGGUUUAGAAAAUUUCCCCGCCGUCAUUGUCAUACUAAAAAGAGAGAAAAAAAAAGAUUUGCACGAUAAAUCUGUUAAAAGAAAAAUAUGCGUACGAGUGCAUGGUAUUUACGCUAAAUCGCGCGUCGACGCGAUCGCGAGAGAGCGUAAAUACGUCGCUAUGUACUGCACGAAGCGCAUCGCUGCCUCGAUUUCAUACAAUAAUAUGCGUUUUAUUGAAACGCGGGAGUAUUUUUUUUUCUUCGUUCAAAAGCGCGUUACAGCAGCUGCAAUAAUGAAUGCCCCUUAAGAAAAAAAAUAUCUUAAGAAAAUAAAAAGGUGCCGAUAAAAAAUACCGCGUAUACGUCUUAUCAGCCAUUGGAGUCCCUCUCCCUCUUUCUUUCAAUUUCGUUGGAUAGUUUUUUUUUUCAUUUUAUCGUUGGCGCAGCAGUAGCUCCUCUAUGUAUACGCCAUGUUGAUGCCUCGUAAAGCCUCAAAAUUAAAUUUUUCACACGAAAUCGAGGUCAGAUUGAGUUUCAUGAAUUUCUGUUUUGGAGCGACGAAGUAUAUAUAAAAUACACAUAUAUACAAGCACACAUGAAUGAGAGGGAGACGCAGGUGUUGCGUGUGUUCUGUCACAAGCAUCAUAUGUAUUUUGUCAAUAAUCCAUCUGCCCCGGCUCUUAACGGGCCUAUGUAAACUGUUUUUCAUUUAAUGGACUAUAUUAUACGGGGCUCUUCGAUCCGAAAGUAGUCAAGGAAACGUGAAACCGAAUCCGUGCGGCUUUUUGACAUUUAUUAAUAAUGCAUUUGAUAAGUAGCAGUCCGGGCCUCGCUCGUUUUGUACAUAUGCGCUUCACACAUCACGAGUACCAUUGUAUUUAUAGAGAGAAGUCUAGGAAAAAAUCGGCAAGUGAAAGCAUUGAACUUUGGCAUACGGGUACACAAAUAUUACGCAAGACCUGUCAAAAAUAGCUACAAGGAGACGAGCCUACACACACACAUACAAUAUAAUAUGGCAUGCAAACAUCAUCAGGCUCAAUAAGCACGAGAUGUGCGUGCAAAAUCUGCCGCUCGCAUUAUUAUAAUUCGCACGUCCGAUUAUGCGUGUGCCGGGGAGGGAUAUUUAAAUGCUGUGCCCAUCGUGUGAUCGGGCAUCGGCGCAGGAAUGUACACAAUCAUGCAUCAUUGAUGACCUUGAGCUUGAUGCCGUCGCCACCGCCUUCUCCUCCUCGCCACCACCACCAUCAAUCACCACCACCUACUCCUCCUCUUCAUCAUUCUCCUCCUCUUUCUACCUCCGAAACAUCGCAGCGCCAUCGGUAAAAUCUCGGCUUGUGCUUGAUAACAGACAAGGGUGGCUCAAUUGUCACCGUGUAUUAUAUCGAGCGAUGCGCAAGCCCGCCACUCGACCUGACUAACUUCGACGCUACUCACUUCUACUUCUUUUUGCUUCUUUUCCAAAACACAAAAUUCGCUCGAAUACGCAAAAUUUUUGCGCAGCCGCUCUGCCUACGUGCUUGCGUACUAUACGUAUUUGCCGUGUGUGUGUGUAUGUGUCGAAACACCGAGCCUCGCUCAAACGAGGAGGCGCGCGCGCGAUCAUACACACACAUACACACGACAAAACCGCCUCACGAAUAAUACGCGAAUAGCGGGGGAACGAGAAGUUUUCGCCGAGUGCGAGAGUCGAGCUGCGCGCGGCGAGCCGUGUGCCGAACGCCAAAGCCGAUCGGAGCCGAGAGCCCGAGCAGCGAAAGAGUAAAGCAUAACUUUUAUCGGGCCGCGCGCUGUUUCGCGCCGCGCCGAGCCGUGGCAGGCUUUCAGUAACUGCGCGAAUGUGCGAGCAACACGACAGCUACGGCUAUAUAAUACACGACUCAUACAUUCGGGCAAAAAACAAAAGUGACAGAGAGAGAUAGAUAGAUAAUAAAUAAUAUAUACCUCUCGAUAUACAGUUCAUAUGUGUAUGUGUGUGUCAAAGCUUAUCGCGCUGACUCUCGCGAAAAAACAUAUACGCGAGCUUGAGUGUUAUUCAAUAUAAAAAGGCCCCGGCCGUAAGUCAGCGGCAGCGUGCGUAAGUUUCGCGAAAUCGGAGCAGCAGUAGACUCUUUGAUGAAUUUUUCUCCGUGUGUGCGUGCGUAUCAUACGCGCUCGCGCGCGUCUAGAUGAAAAUUCGUGUGCUUUUAUUACUGGAGCGACAACAGAGUGAGAGGCCAUAAUAUACGUGUAUCUGUGUGUGUAUUCGUGCGUGUGCGUGUGUGUCGUAUUUCCAGCCCACGUACGUCACGCGAGAGCGAGAAAGAGAGACACGAUCAUCACAGUGAAGUGUGUUUUUAAAAUCGUGCAAAAAAAAAAAAAAAAACGACGACGAGAACGAUAAAAGCAAAAAAACAACUAUAUAGUGAAAAAAAAGACAGAGCGCGGACGCGGAGCAGAAGAGUCUUAAAAUUAACCUUGCGCUGUGGUGCAAUAAGUAAACUUCAGGCGCAGAGCUUGUUAGCUAUAGCUGUUGUCUCGUGCGUGUGCCCACCACAAACUUACAUCGGAGAUAUUUACACACGUAUAUAGCGAAGUGAAUAAUAGAGCUCGCGCCCGCGCGCGCGCGCUUACAGCCGGCCGGUGUGCGGUGCUGCGCGACAUAUAGUGCGACGCGACGACGAUUAUAAUUGAUUAUAGACCAGCAGCAGCAGAAGCGUUAGCAGUGUCUAAAUAGACACCUCUACACAUGCGAUUGUACAUAAAAAACAAGUGGAAUUCCUCGUUCGACUGGAUGGGAUCUUGUCGCGGUAGCAGUCGUCGUCGUGGCGAUAGCAACAUAGAGAGUAUUAUUAUAAUAGCUGGAUGAUGAUCGCGUGAUAUAAUAUAACGCGUAUAGAGGAUCCGCUGCACGUGGAGCAGUCCAUGCAACAGAUUGCCCCUUGUGCUGCGCUAUAUAUAUGUAUAUUUAAGGUCGUUUGUGUGUACAUAGCACAGCAGUGCACCCUCUUUCGCGCGCGCUCGCUACCCGCCCACCCACUCGAUCAGGUUGCAAGCAAGCGCAGCAGCAGCAGCAACAGCAACAGAAGCUAAACAGUAGCAGCAGCUGAAAUCCGACGGCAAGUGUCGCGGUGGUCGUAGUCGUCCUCAGUCAGACUGACACCUGAUCCAACCCCCGAUCAUUUGCCUAUUUGACAUAGAUCAUCUUCGGUUUUCGUGACUGUAAUCGAUCUCGGAGCUUUGGCGUGCGCGGUGACAAGUGUAUUACGUUAUUACCAAUGCCAUAAGAUUUUUUCUCGUCUUGAGUAAAAAAUAGAAUAGAAAAAAAAAACAUAUACCAAAGACAUACGAUACUUUAAGGAGGCAGUAAGUAUAGUGGCAGCGGCAGGAAGUGCUUGCAGCUACUGUGCAAGAGUGUGUAUACUGUGGCGCGUCAAGGUGGAGCAAAGCUGCCAUUAAUCGUUAUCUGCUUUCUUCGCAUUUCGAAUUCAUGUGUGAGAGUGUUUGUGUACAUACACACACCAGAUACGUCGUCUUAACACACGAGUGCGUCGAAAGAAAAUAAUAAAAGUGAAAAAAAAGACGACUAAUUUCGAAUGUAUCGACUGAAGUGACAAACAACAUACAAAAGGCGGCUACGAGUGUGUGUUACGACGCUGCGUAAUCCCCACCAGCCCCGAUCUUGUCUCUGCACUUGUGGCAUCCUAUAUGUGAUAUACACACAAAAUUAUAAUACCAGUAGCAUCGACCAACAGCAGCAGCAGCAGCAGCAGCAGCAGCAGCAGCAGCAGCAUCAUCUCUUUAGUAAGAGAGAGACGGAUAGAUCUUGCGCCUCGCUCGCGCCAAACAGCUUAAAUACUUGCCCGCGCGACUGAUGAACCUCAUUUGGUUUUGUAAACACAAGCAUGAGAGAUCGCGAUCGCGACUGCAUCAUCGUAAUUCCACGGUUGCUUAUUCUUCGUCUUCUUCUCUUCGUCUCGAUCGAGGAAACAUUCUGCUGAAUCUUGAUAAACUCCGAGAUCCAUGAACUUUUGCGCGUGAAAGUUAUAUAGAGACCUUCUUAGAUUACGUCGACCAAAGUGCUUUUUUUUUCGUCGCUUUCAAUUGUAACGCGUGUGUAAUUGCAACGAGCCCGAGUGUGGGCAAUUUUACGGAGUGAAAUUUUUUUUCGUGCAUAGUAAUAUAAGGAACUGAAAAAAGUACAAAAAAAACACAGUAAAAUGUAUCAACCAGCGGCCAGAGCCUAUCAUCAUCAAGUCGAGGACGCCAACAUGUUCGGUUAUCAGCAUAUGCAAGCUCAGCAGCAUCACUUGGUGCACAGAAAUUACUGCGCGGCUUACGUUCAACAGCAUCAUCAUCAUCAUCAGCAACAGCAGCAGCCGUCGUCAUUAAUGCAGCCGCAUCUGAUGGCUCCUUACCGGCAGGGUUUCAAUGGCAAUCAUCAUUACGAGCAUCAUUAUCAGCAUCAUCAACAGUAUCAGCAGCCAAUUUUGCCGCUGAUCAACAGCGACAAUCCCAUAGUGAUGGCCUUCCAACAUUUGGUCAGGCCCGUGGAAAAUAUUCUAGCUUCUAAUGUUUAUCAGCAAGAAAACCAACAACCACGACCACAAGUGCAAAUAGAAGAAAUACGACAAGCACCGAUACCACCGAUGGAAAUUCCUGCUUACCAACAACAACAACAGGCUCAACCACAACAACAACAGCAGCAGCAGCAGCAGCAACAACAACAACAACAACAACAACAACAACAACAACAACAAAUCGCGCCCCAAGCUGAAAAUCAAGUGGUUCCCUACCAAGAGGAUCAGCCGCAGCAAGAGAGGCAGGGCCCCGAACAGCCUUACGACGAAUCAGCCGAUAAUUCCAAUGCGAUUUGCAGCAACUCGCGGGCGUCGCGCAACCAGGCGGAAAAGCACCGAAGGGACAAUCUCAACAAGCAAAUAGCGACGAUGGCGAUGCUCGUGCCGUCCAUCAGCGAAGGCCUCACCAAAAAGAGGGACAAAAUUUCCGUUCUCAGGUUAACCUCGGCUUACAUGAGACUGACCUACACACUGGGAGUCAAGCCGAGGAGAAAAACAUACCUGCAGCCCUUCGUUCAUUUAACCAACUUGGAGGACGAAGUACUCGAGAGCUUGGUCGGCGCUACGAGCUUCCUCUGCGUGCUCACGACGUUCAACGGCAAGAUCGUUUACAUAAGCAAGAACAUCGAGCGGCUCAUGGGUCACGAUCAGUUGGACAUGCUCGGCGAGUCGGUGUACGAUCACGCCUUCAGCGGCGAUCACGACGGCCUGCGCGAGGGCCUGCGCUGCGAGGGCCUCGAGUUCGACGGCACCGCGAGCCCGCGCACCGGCGUGCCCUACAAGAACUUCCAGCCGAAGCGCGCCACGGUGCACGUGAGACUGGCGCAUCGGGGCCAGCCGCGCAAGGAGGAGCCCAAAUACGACACGGUCAUGCUCACCGGCCUGAUACGUCUCGCGGACAAGGUGCUGCGCCUGCAGCAGGAGGCCCUCGACAAGCUGGCCGCCGGCGUGCCCGAGUCCGAGCUGCCCGCCUGGGUGCCGACGAGCAACGACGUCAUCUUCAUCGCCACGGGCCACCUGAGCAAGCGCCGACCCCACAAGGACAUCUCGAUCCUCGACUCGACGCGCGACGAGUACUUCACGCGCCAUCUCAUCGACGGCCGUAUUAUUUACUGCGAUCAUCGCAUAUCGACGGUCACGGGCUACAUGACCAGCGAGGUCAGCGGCGCCAGCGCCUUCAAGUACAUGCACAGAGACGACGCCAGCUGGACCAUCGUUGGCUUGAGGCUCAUGUACGAUCAGACGAACACGUUCGGCAGCUCGUGCUACAGAUUGAAGACCAAGACCGGGGCGUUUAUCUAUCUGCGCACUUUCGGCUACCUCGAGUACGACAACAAUACCAAUGCGGUAUGCUCGUUUCUCUGCAUCAACACACUUGUCUCACCCGAGGAAGGCGAGAAACUCAUGGCAGAAAUGAAGAAUCGCUUCGCCGCCACGAUGAGAACCGAUCCCAACUGCAAAGCCAUCGAAGACGCGACUCAAGUGAACGUCGAUGGCGAGACCGCGAGCGACCCCCAGAUCGCCAAGGGACUCACCCAUCUGAUGACCGAUCUGCCGCUCUCGCUGCCCACUGAUUUCGGCACGCAGCAGCCGCCCAACACCGAGCUCAUGAAGGCCUGCAUCUACUCCAAGGAGCUGCCGCCUGCCAGCGAGCAGGCCAGACAGGCCGGCAUCAUGCAGAUCGAGAAUCUCGGGGGCAAGGGCAAGUCCGUGCCCGCGUCGCCCGCCAACUCGGUCUCGUCGUCGGGCAGCUCGCAGAGUCAGGCCGACGCUCAUCAUCACCGCAAGGGUGACAAGGUCAUGCCGGAGCUGGACGCCCUGUCGGCUCUGAGCCCGAUCUCCAACGAGAGGAGAAAGCGCGAUCUCAUCGCUGACAAAGUUUCGAGGAUGGCGAAGAGUCCGAUAGAGUCACUUCAGACUCCGAUUGUUGAGCCACCUCAACCAACGCCACCGAUGAGGCCAUUAAACGAAACGUGUAGAACAAAUGGCAGCCGUAAGAGAACGCUGUCCACAGAAGGUUACGAAGAUGACGAAUUUGGAGGAGACCUGGUGAACGGAAACAAGCGUGCUUGCAAAAUGCCACGCAAGUAUCCUUCUACGAUACCCGUCGCGAUGCCCGGCACUUCGGCAAGCGCCGAACUGCCUCUGUCGUCUUCUCCGUUUUCUGAAAUCAAUAACGAUGCCUCAGAUUUCUCGAUGGUGUUUGACGUUCCUAUGACAGUCGAUGAAAUUGUGCCGAAUGGCAAUUUAACGGACGAAACUAUGAGUUUCGAUUCGACUCUUCAAAUGGAAUCCAUUGUUCCCGACGCGAGUUUAGUCGACGAACAAUACCUUCCCUGUACUAAUCAACAAAGUGAAUUGAACGGAGAUGUAGGGGAAGUCAAUGGUUAUGUAUCUUGCCAAGAAAAUGAUGAUUCUUACUUGGAUACAGCAAUACAGAACAAUCCAGAAUUGUUAGAUCUAUUUUCAAAUCUUCCUGUUAACUUCGAUGAUCCUGCGAAUAUCGGAGAAAUUAAUCCGUAUCCCACCAACACAGUAGAUUACAGAGCUGCGCAAUGAAUUGGAGAAACAUAGUUCAAUUAAGUAAUUUGGACGAUUGCAACAAUCGGAUUUCUAUAAUUUUCAAGAAGAAAAACAUUAUGUUAAUGAUACACUAUAAGGCUUAUUCUUGCGUAAAAAUCGAUUCUAUUAUAUAGAAUUCGAACAAUUUUUAUUCCACAAUGGAAGAAAUUGCGAAUGUUUACGUAAAAAUUAGGCACGCCAUACAGGAAUUCUUAUAAUGUUCAAACCAAUUAUUUCAUAUUUACAGUUACGAUCGUACGCAUCGUUAUCGAUAUUAAUUUUUUAUCCCACGUUUUAUCAACAAUUAUCCCAUCGUUUAUUAAUUAGUAAUACAUUAGUAUUGAUUUAGAAAAUUUGUGAUUUCUGGAAUUGGAAAAAUUACUGUUGGAAGGCUUUAUAAAAGUAGCAAAAUUGUGUAGAAAGUGCAAUUUUCAAAUUUACGCCAUAAAAAAGUGCCGUGUCUAGUCUACUUAAACAAAUGUACAAAAAGACGUGAAAAAUAUUUUAAUUUUUGAAAUUCUAUUAUUUUUUUCAACGUUUUAUUUAAUUUUAUCAAAAAAGUGACGAGACACAUGGGGGAGCAUAUUCUACAACAUAUUCAACACCCAUAUUAACUGAGAAUUUAUACUUCAAUUAUCUUUUUAAAGUUAUCGCAACUUUUUCAAGUAUUAUUUCUUUUUAUAGUAGGAAAUAUAUUAUAAGUUUAAAAAUGUCUCGUACAUUGAAAGUAUUGUAAAAAUCAAAAAAAUUUAAUGGACUCUAUGACCUGUGAAACUCUUCUUUCAAUAAUAUUUAAUUUGGUGGGUUUCAAAAAUGGAUUGUUUUAGAAUAUGCUGAGACCAAAAACAAUUUGCAAUCAAAAUUAUGAUUUCGAAGCAUAUAUAAAUAUAUCUAGAAAACUUAAUUAGCAUGUAAGUUCUCCGUACCUAGACGGUGUUCAUUUAAUUAUUAGAAUAAAAAACGCUAUUUACAUGCGAAGACAAAACUGAAGUGCAAAUUGUAUCAAAAUUAAAAUAUUUUAAGUAUGUUACUUAAAAUAAACAUAAAAAUUCAAACUAUAUACAAUCGUUAAAUGGGAUUGUAAAUAUGUCAAUGAUCUACACAACUUUGAAUUGUCCGUUGUAAAAUAUAUAGAAAAGCUCAAAAAAGUUGUUUGUAAAACAGCUUGCUGUAUGUACAACGUCAUUGCAGAGUUAAACGUGCAUUUUGAUCAACGAAUAUUUUUAUUAAAAUAUAAUUAAUAUAAGCAUUGUAAAUAUUAUACAUUACAUUCUCGAGUUUUUUAAUUAUUGUUUAAGCAAAUGGAAGAGUGUACUGUUGUGCUGUUUUGAUGUUGUUAUAUGACGAUGUGCUUUAAAUAUAUUUGUAAUUAUGUUCAUGCUAAAGAGAUAUAUUGUAUUUACAAUAUAAUAUGUUCUAAUGUGAUUUCAGAUAUUUCAAAAUAGUAUAUAUAUAUUGUACAAUGUAAAAAGUUUACGAAAUUGUCGAUGAGAAAAAGAUUAUCGAUUGAAGACUGAGGAACUUUUUACUUUCUCUGCUGUACAUAAUUAUGAAAUAAAAAAUUAACCUGAACCCACCGCUUA